AUGGUGGCUGUUCAUCCAAGCCUAACUCCAUUGUUGACAUCCACGAGGGUUUUAGCGUUUAGGGGUUGCUCAGAAAUUGGGUUUGGGUUUAUGGGUUUCUAUGAACUAGAACGUUUGGGCUUAAGAGGAAUCGACAUAUUGAUGGGUUGCAAUGUCAUGAUUCGUUUAUCAACUGUUGUGUUAAGAGGAUAUUUACAACAGUGUGUCUCGCAGGAAGGGUUUGCAUUUGCUCAUUGCACAACCUGCAAGGCUCCUUACCAUUUGAGAGUUCAUGUUAUUGCUGAUAGAAAAUGGCUGUUCAGCUUAUGGUUUCCAGCAAUUCUGGCUUCGUCUUGCAUGGUGUAUCUAAACGUUUGGGCUUCGUUCACCUUUGUCUGGAACACAAAGAAGCACCUGACACAGAGAGUCCAGAAUUUGGACGAUAAAUUUCUGGAGCAGAAAGAGAUCUCAAAGUCGAUUCUGGAGAAUGAGCAAUUACUAGUGGAGCAACUAGAGCAAUCAAGAGUACACUUGGCUUUAUGGUAUAAGUUGCACAAUGACCUUUCAUCUACGCUGGAACAACGUGCUAUACUUGAGAAUGAAAUGUUGCGCAGACAGGUUGAGGAGCUUCGAUGUUUAUUUCCACAAACUGACCGUCAAGUCCCAUCCUAUCUGGAAUAUUAUCCGGUGGAAAAAGAGAAAUCCCUUGUAAACCAUGGUGUCACAAGCCCAGAUUUGGUCAGCAAUUUUGCAUUUGAGAAUGGAGAUUCUGACAUCACCCUGCAUUUAGGGGGGGAACUAAUCUGGCUCCCACAGGAGGGAUUCUAUUUCCUUCUUUUGCAACUACUGCCUUUUCACAGGACCUUACAGGGCUCCCUAGCUAUAGGCUGCCAAGUGAUGUUUAUGGCAAGAGGAAGGCUCCAGAAAGAGAAGCUCACUCCCAUGACUCAGGGAGCCAAUUAG